CAAUCAUAUUGAUUGAGGUAAAUUGUUACAAGUUGAACGAUUUCAGGUUAGAAAUUAAUUCUUUGUAUUGUAUAAUCAAUAUAAUUCUCAUUGGUGUUUAAAGCUUGAUUAGUACCUAAUUAGAAAUUGAAAUGUUUGAUUGUUGUGAUAAAAUGUCUGAUAAAAUCAAUGGAUUAUGUGAACAAUUGGAAAAUCUUAAAUUGAAUUUAAGUGAUUGUGAUAAUCCUGGACCAAGAGGAUCUAAUAAGACCAACAUCAGUCCACUGGACAAUAACAAGACCAUUGGUGAUCAUUUUUGUGAAUUUACAAUCAAUGAGAUGAUUAAAAACUUCAGUCAAUUCACAAAUGAUGUGAAAGAAAUCAAAACAACCCAAACAGCGAUCAUGUUAAUUGUGUCCCAGUUAUUGAAUCGAAUGACAAAAUUAGAGUCACAUUUCGUCGAAGAGCAAAAAGUUGAGGUCAAAAAAGUACCGAAACGAAGGCAAAGUAAACAACACCAAGAACAACCACAACCACAACCACAGGAACAACAACAGUCCGAAGAAAAGGAAAACAUCCAAGAAACGAAAAUCAAAACAGAGAAAGUGGCCUUAAGAAGGAAAUCUGGCCGCGGUCCGCUCUCCAAUGUUUCGAUUAUUAAUAACACGACUCUUAGCCCUUGUAUUGAAGAAAAGGACACCUCAUGUACUAUUCUCUAUGAUAGAAAUGCAUCAAUUUCAACUUCGAUGACCUUAAGGCCACUAAAUCGUCGAACGGACUAUCGUUCGUUUUGUUAAUCAUCAUAUUUUCAUCAAUUGUUUAUCAUCUUUUAAUCAACUAUCUCUUUUUUUAUUAACAUGUUACUGGUCAUCUGCUUAUUGACCAACUAAGAUUUUUAAUCAAAAAUAAUUUUCAACUAUUUUGAAUUAUUGUAAUUUCGUGAUCAUCAAGAUGAACUUAUUUUUGUUGAAUUGUUUUAAUUGUUGGUUAAUCAUUGAAAGUUAUCAUCACCAAUAUACAAUUAAAUCAUUGGAUACUAAUCAUUUAGAUUUAA